AUGGCGAGGAAGAAAACAAAGAAGACUGCGCCGCUGCGGUGGCAGGAGUCUGAAGACCCCAAAGACACCAUCACAGCUCUCAACGAAAUGGAGGAGAAUCUUCGACGCCUUGGGCUGCGCAAUGAAGCGAGCUCCACUAUGAGCGACGCCCUCCGGGCAGGGGAAACAGGGAGUUAUGUGAUGUCCAUCCGAAAGGCGAAGGAGGAGGCCGUUAAGCUGCGCCACGAGAAGGAGUACCGGCAGUUUGCGGCGGAGGAGCAGAAGCGCAAGAAUGAGAUGAUGCUCUCUUACGCGAACAGGGAAGAAGUCCUACAGGAGGUUAUCAAGAAAGCGCAGGGGUUGCUUCGGCAGGAGAUGAGCUCCACCCAUGACGCCGUGUCGGGUCGCGCCCAUAAGCUGACGGAGAAAGCCAUACGGGCUGAGGAGCUGCAACGGCAGAGGGUCCUUCGUGACCGCCUGCACCAGUCCGCGAAGGGGUCGGAUGGGGGGUCAUUCCCUCUUCAGCAAACGGUGCCAGAUGCGUGCGAUAAAAUGCGGGCCAUGAAAAACCAAGCCAAAGCCGCUGCAACUCGUGAAUAUUGCCACAACAUUGCAUCCGGUCUUCUGGAGCUCGCCAUGCAGGUGGCGGAAAAUGUGUACGCCGUCCGUGCGGAAAAUGGGGUCCCCGUGCUUCGCGUACCCCGGGAACUUCCCAAGUCGCAAUGGCGUGCAUGGGUAAAUGAAUUUGUCUUUGCAAAGACAGUGUCAAAGCCAAUUAGUGACGUGCUCGCCGUAACACCGCUGCGUGAGCUCUGCGACCCCGACUACAAGAAAAGCACCGCUCAGAAGGAGGAGAGUGUUGGUUCACCCCACAGAGGGAACGAACCUAGCGGACGCACAGCUCUGGAACUGGCGCGGGACCUCACCCCCGAUGAGGACGGUAACUCUGUUGCCACGGAUGCGGUGGCGGAAAACAUCCUUACGCGUUUGGUUGUGCUGCAACAAAGCUACGCAACCAACCUGGUCACACGAAGUGUGGACAGUGCCAUCGAGCUGAUCAAAAAACAUGAGAAGCGGCGCCUUCGUGCCGAGUUGGACAGGCUACGACGACAGCAUGAGCCACAGUGCCCGGAGGAGGUCGCGCCUGGCUGGACGCAUCGGCUACCACCCGCCGGGUGUUUUUUGCACGGCGACGAGUUAAGUGGAUUAAAGAAGUUUGUAGAUGUGGCUUGUGGCGAAGCGGCGCACGAGCCACCGCAGGCCCUCCCGUCGCACAGGCGACGCGGCAGCAUCACAAUGGCAGCAGAGACUGCGCGGGCCAUGAUGGAAUCUGAAGGCGGUAAGUGGGAAAACGAACAGUACCGCGUUCUCACCCCCGCAAUGCUGAUUCGCACACAACAGUUCUGGGGCCAAGGCGGGAGUGUUGGUGCUGGUGGCAACUUCGCGACGUGCAGCACAAAAACUCCGCGGGGGAUGGGCUUUGCGAGCUCCAACGCCGCCCGCGCAAGGGAGGGGCGGUCACCCGAGGAACUAACGGAGUCCAACCCGCACAUUGACGCACUCUGCGAUGCGUUGGCGAAAGAACUUGCCGCAGUGUAUCAGUACAACCUUCAGCUUGUGAUACAUAGCGGUGCUGCCGUGAAUGAGCCCAAGUUCCCGUCAAAAGGCACACCACGCACCCUCUUCCUCGUGGGGUUUCCCGAGACCGAGGCCUUUCUGCGCACGCUGCACCAAAAGCUUCAUGUCGCCGUGGAGAUGGUGGAGCAGGAAAUAAACAGAGCCCUCCGGGCGGAGGAGACGACAGAGGCGUUGGUGCAUCAGCCGCCGGCAAAGGGGCGGGCCUCUCAUAAGGGACCCCCAACCUCGCAGGAUAUUGCUGCUGGGUCACAUAGGAAGGGCACGAGACUAAUACAGCCUACUACGGGAAAGCGAGGCGCCGGUCGACUGCCUGCGACAUGGAACGAGGAUAAUUUUGCUCCCAUACGCUCUCGCGUGUAUCCGCCGCUUUGUCUUCUUGGCAUCUUUCUGCUGUACGACGUUCCCUCACGCCUUAGACGCAUGCAACACAUGGACGCCCGCUCAACCCCUUUUACGUCAGAACUGAGGGGUCAGAGAACGGUGGCAAUUGAGGAGGAAUCUGGCGAGUCCUACUCCGACUGGAGCAUUGAGAAGCUGCACCAGGAACUCAUUCAACAAGACAGAAAAAUGCGGAAACUGUGGAAAACGUGGUGCAGCGGCAUCAACAGAACAUCCGUGUCUCUUGAUACAGAGACGGUGCAGUCCCCGUAUGCCGAUAAGCAGAAGAGGCGUUUACGCCCUUCGAUUCCGGGUAAGGCGAGUGAAGCCGUGUCCCCACACCCAACGCCAGUGACGCCCAUUCUGUCGAAUACGUUUCCGAAGGUUCUUUUCUUCUGGCGCAAGGAGGAUCUCACGAGUUUGUCAGAGUCCAAUACCGCCGCAGAAGCCAUCACCGCCGCCAUCCGUGUUGUCCUGAACCCCACCGUCCAGUCCGUCACGAGGAACGACCGUCUCGUGCGGGGGCAGCUGGCAGCUCCAUUGAACUUGGGUGACUACCGUUUUCUUCCUGCUGCACUUGCGCAGUUGGUGGAUCUCCAGCAGCGCUUCAAGACACGUUGGAAGAGGCAAACGGAUCUCUACGCACAGAACCUGACGUCGACGUUGGCCCUGUCGUCAGCAUCUCACUCACUACAGUCAACACGGACGGUGUCCCCGCCCUUGUCAUCUGCUCCGCCUCCCAUAGCAUUACCAGCGAAUACAGUUUGUAUGUUGCCUGCAGAAAACACCAUCUACAGCAGAGAGAGGGAUGUGGAGGUGGAAAACAUGGUUUUGCUUGAGACGGAGAUGCACAGAACUUUUUGCAACUUUUUUCUGGAUUUGUUGCAAUUUAUUACGCAAGAUGCAUUCCCCCCCUCACUGUGGGGGACGUUGCAACAACCCAGCAAUACCACGGAUCCAAACGCCAGCGCUGGGGUAGAAUCAUUCAGUCGCACGUUGCACUUUCUCUCCAUCGAUGCCAACUAUGACACCUCGCGUGGGGCACUCCAAACACUACUGGUGGAUGGAAUGACAAAGCUGACCGCCGUAUGUGCGUUACUGCUUCACUGCGUGUUGGGCUUGGCGUUGGAGUCCAUAGGGGACGCCCUAGCACGUCUGUGCUUCUGGGCGCGGUGUCAAAUGUGCAGCGCCUCCAUUUCUUUUUCUGAUGCGGAGAAGACUUCCGUCUUUUUUCCCCCGACCACCACGCCCACAGCCGCUAAUAACCUUAAUAACACUGUGAAGGAAGAGGUGGAAGGGGCAGUGCAAGGGGAAGAAGCGGGAGCUGGAGAGGAAGGGGGCGCGGCAACGCUCAAGUGCAGCAUGUCGACCGAUGCCGUAAGGAGGUCCUUCUUUAGCUCUGUCACCCGUCUCAGCUUUGAGAAGGUGCAGGAGAUGGUGGGGCUUCUAGAUGGUCAGACGACCUCCUUUAAGGAAUUUCAACAGGAACUGUGGUCCUACGCGUCUCAUGUGCAGCAGACAAUGUUAAGAUGUUUCCAGGCCUUUGUACAGAGUGCCGAGAAGGAGCUAAGUGAUGGGAAUGCAGAGAACCUGCUAGCAAUGGCUUCACAGGUAACCGAAGUGCUUGUGGCACACUUGUUUGCUUUUUCACCUCUCGAGCAACGUUGUUCGUCUAGCACCGAUGAAGCAUCCGCGUCGGAGGUCUGUUCGUCAACCAUAACUGUUUCUAUCGGACGUGCGAUGGCCUCCAUUCGUGCACUCCGGCGCUGUUGUGCGGUCGCCAGUAUUUGUGCAGCGCGGUGGAUUGACGCCAUGUACGUCACCGCACUCGCGGUGCCUCCGCAUGGCUCGUUCCCGGCAGAGCGUCGUCCAAGGGAUAUUGCAUCUAUUUUUUGUUUGCCAAACGUUGGUUCUCGCAAAGGUUCCGCACCGCCGCCCUCGCUGGCACGUCAGUUGUUGGCUAGCUGCUCCCCGACGCUCGCUCUCUCCCCGGAGGAAGAGCGGGACUGCUGGUGGGAAACAGAGAUGGAGGUGACGCUGCAGUUCUUUUCCAUCUACCAGAAGCCAGUGCUUAGUAAGGUGGAGUUUCUGCAUUGUGCAAUGCUUGUGCAGCUCAGCUCACUUUGGAAGUUGCUGCCGCCCAAAGCGCACGCUAUCGCCGAGCGGCUCGGCGUCUCUCUCCCGUUUACACCGCGGGCUGCCUACAAGAAUGAGGAGGAAAAGUGGGCCAAAGUGGAGUUCACCCUGCCCUGGCUUGGAGGCGUCCAGUGCUACGGGGCCUUGGCAAAGCCGUUUGUGACGGAAGACGACGCUAGACGUAUCUUCUUUGCCGCUGUGCAGGCCCAACAGCAACUUUUUUCAAAAUGUGAAAGCUCCUACGAUCCUCCUUUUUCCAUCUCGCCAGUGUCUUCAUCGGCGGGGGUGGAGAUGCAGCGGUGGACUAAAAAGCCGCUGUUGCGUGUGCGCGAAUACUUUAUCAGUGUCAUCCUGCGGCGACUCUGCCUGAGCGAUGGCGAUGGCGCAGACGCCACAACGAGCCCGAGCCACGCGGGUGGCUGGAGGGAACCCUCCACGAUGCAGCUGCGUCGAAUGAUAAAAUCGCUUCCGCGUGUGGUGCGGGAACAAGGCCCCGAUAGUAUGCCAGACCUCUGCCCUGUCUCCAUGGAGGAGUGGCAGCGCAUCAUGUGGUGGCCGUUUUUCGAGGACGCUUCACUUGCGAAGGCGGCAACGUUUGUAAAACGGUAUUUGUUGCGCCUUCUCACGGUGUGUUUUGGUUUUGUGAACGGGGAACUCUGCUCUCGGUGCACGCCAUUUCUCCCUGAUGUGCUUUACCUUGCGGCGGGCACGAGAGGCUGCCAGGCAACCCUGGAGCGGUACUUUCACGCCAUUUUUGCCUUGAAUACCGCGCGUGAAAGGAAGCUGUAUCACUCCCAGGAGGCUGCUAACACGGAGGAUACCUCCGACGUACGAGGAGGAGGCGAUGCCGUGGUGUUGAGCGGGCCGUUGAUGGCGUUUGACUUUGCCUUGACCGUGGAGGAGGCCAUGUUUUUCUUUCAGCGCGCGGGUGAGACGCGGCUGCUUGGGCCGUGUGCGAGGGGGAUGAGCUACAGGUCUUCAAACCACCUGUGCGAGCUGCGCAACCUCGCGCCGGAGGCGGAAGCAGACGAGGUUGUGGAGAGGGCGAUGGGCAACAGCAACGGCGACAACGAUGACGAUGAUGACGGCGAGCAGCUGCCCCUUGCGACGGAGCUGACGUUGUUGCUGGAGGUUGAGGGCGCCCCUGCACUCACACUGACACUUUUAGGCUCCUCCCACUGGGGAAACUACAUCACACCGCGGCUGACGGCGGUUCCCCUCAAGCCGAUUGAGACUAUGGCAGCAGCCAAGAGCAAAAAGGAGCAGAGGACAUAG